AUGAAGGUCUACGCGCGCAAGUACGAGUUCCAGCUGUGGCGCCGGUACUCCCGCAUCAAGAAUGGCAGGAGGCGCAGGGCCAAGCUGGCCGCCGUGGACGCCAAGGUCCAGGAGAAGCUGAGCGCGCGCUUCAGCGCACCACCCGCGCCCGCAGAGGUCGAGAGGGAGGAGGAGCGCGACGAGCAGGCGGCCAUGGUCCGGGUGCUGCAGUCCGGCUUCCACCCGGACCUGGUCUUCGUGGCGCCAGGGGUCGGCGGAGACCGGCGGCGGGAGGCGAUCCGACGGGUCUGCGGCAUGAACCUCGAGAGCGACGCGGACUUCUGGCUCCUGGAGAACCUGUGGAAGGCUAUGCGCGGAGACCCGCCUCCGGUGCCCCUCGUGGUCGGCGACGCGGGCUACCGCGCCCACGCGGCCGCCGGCUUCCUGGAGGUGCCCUGGGACUUCACCGUCCCUGGCCUCUGCGACCUGCUGGAGGAGCACCUCGACGACGUGCGCGCGGGCCUGCGGCGCCGGCGCGCGGGGGCCGGCGACGGCCCAGGGCCCCCGCCGCCGCCGGCGGAGCCGCUGGCGGAGCCGCCGCGGCUCGGGGCGGCGGGCGCCGAGGGCUGGGACGACGAGCGGCUCGCCGACGACGACGCCGGGGCCAGCAGCACGGAGGAGGACAGCGACAGCACCGACAGUUCGGAGCUCGCCCAGCGGCGGGGGCCCAGCCCGGACGUCGCGGGAGUGUUUCAGAUUAUUCAGAUGCACGAUGUGCAGGUCAAGUCUGUUUGCACAGAGUGGUUCGUUACCUGGUUCGCAAAGGCACUCCCGAGCCACACGGUGCUGCGCGUCGGAG